AAAACUUUAAAGCCAUUCGAUCUGUACAGGAACGACAUCACUGCCAAGUGUGAAGAAGUAUACCAAGGAGCAGGCGAGGAGCUUUAGGCCUUUACAACGGCGCUCUCCCACUUGUCAUCUUAUUUUCUUCUUUUUUUCUUUAUUUUCUUCUUUUGACCUGUAUCGCUUUUCAUUGAUCUGUAGUUCCUCCUCCUCUUGAUCCUCUCUUCUGCUAAUUCACACGGUUUACUUUUCAAUGGCAUCACAAUAUGACACUAUCGCAUUGUAUUUUUCAUGGUUUAUUUCUUUAUUUUCCUGCUUGAAUCACUUAUUUUCCAUUAGUGAAAGCAUAUACGAGUAAUAAUUAUCCUUGACCAAGCCAGCCACCAAGGUUAAAGGUCACGGUACAUCAGCUGGGGGGCCAUCAGCUGAUCAGCAGGCAAGAAGGUAAACAAACAUCACAGCAGCUGUCACGUGUCAACUGUCAAGCGCUUACACUCCCACUGAGGAUCCCUGUGAAGUUAAUUCCUUGCCCUGCACGUGUUAACCUUUGACUUGCCCACCCUGCUGACCAAGGACACACACGUUGACCAGUGCCACCUCCUCCGUGCCCCCCUAAGCCAGCCACCACGCCCGUCACCGCCUCACGGGGCACCACCAGGUCAAUAGGGUGCGUCAGGCCAUGAUGAUUCUUAGGAUGCAGAGGAGCAUGUUAGCAGAGGCAAGGCGAGCGGUGCUGGCCAGGAGGAAUGGCAGGAGGGAGCUGUGGCUCUUGGUGAGGUGCUUGAGUAAUGUGAACACUGACUUCUUUGUGGGAGACUCAGUGAAGCCAUUUGAGGCAAUACCAGGGCCUGUACGAGUUCCUGUUCUGGGAACGUUGCUGCCUUAUAAAAUUGGACUGAAGAGGCUCCCGUCCUACCACCAAGAGGUCUGCAGGCUACACCAGCAGUACGGGCCCGUGGUGAGGGAGGUUCUCGGCACACAGACCGUCGUGCACAUAUUUGACCCGGCGGACAUCCGUGCCGUGUAUGAGAGUGAUGGCAAGAUGCCCCACAUUCCACCCUUGCAGGAGACCACACAGUUUUAUCGACAGGAGAAGGACAUGUCUCUUGGGUUGGGAAAUCUGAAUGGUGAGGAGUGGUACCGGCUGAGACAUGCCGUGCAGCAGAUGAUGCUUCGGCCGCGGGAGGUAAGCUACUACUACCCGCUGCAGGACGGUGUGGCCUGCAAGGCAGUGGACAGACUGAUGACACAAGUGGAUGACAGCGGCUCCGUUCAUAACCUGCACCACCUCCUUGCAAAGUGGAUCCUGGAAUCUGCGGGAAUGUGCUGUUUUGAGAGGUCCCUUGGCAGCCUGGACGGAGGCGCUGAUGAAGCCAUGGCCCAGAGGCUGGUGGAGACUAACAUAGAGAUUUUCAAGCUAUCUGCAGAGCUGAAGUUUUCCCUCCGCUUAUACCGCUAUUUUGCAACACCAAAGUACAAAAAACUACAUCAGCUUGAGGACUAUUUCUAUGGAAUGUCGUUUAAGUUUAUCAAUGAUGCAAUAGAGGAAAUCAGAGCCCUGAUGGCUGAGGACAAGCUAGAGAAGGGGAGGUACAAUUUCCUGACCUACCUCAUGUCUCGUAAGGAGCUUUCGUACAAUGACGUCAUGAUCAUCACCCUGUCGCUCUUCUCGGAUGGCCUCUCCACAACGGCUCCGACAUUCCUGGGAAACCUUCACUGCCUGGCCCUCAACCCCGAUGUUCAGGAGCGGCUGUACCAAGAGAUCAAGACCCAUGUUGACCCUGAGGCACCCAUCACCCUGGACAUCAUCAACAAAUUGCAUUACCUUAAAGCAUUUGUCAAGGAGGCGUUCAGGUUCUAUCCGAUUGGUGAGUCUGUCCAGCGUCUGCCACAGAAAGACAUGGUUCUCGGGGGCUACUUCAUACCUGCCGGGACAUACCUUGACCUGAACGCCUACGUGUGGCUGCGCAGCGAUCACUACUUUAAGGAUCCCGAGAAGCUGAUUCCUGACCGCUGGCUCCGGGACUCAGCCGGUGCACCCUCAGUCAGUCCCUACGUUUUGAACCCCUUCAGCAUCGGCACUCGCAUGUGUGCAGGUCGGAGGUUUGCUGAACAAGACCUCUAUGUCGGUCUGUGCCGCUUGCUGUUAAAGUUCCGAGUGCAGGCCACCAGCAGCCACCCCCCGGAGCAGGAGUGGGCCAUGCUGCUGAGGCCAAGGACGCCACUGCCAGUACGGUUCAUCAGAAGGGAGUGAUGGAUGAUAUGCGUCUCGUUGUUCUGGCAUCAAGGUACUUUCCACUGUAUAUACUGCCUAUUAGUGUUAGAGCCAGAUACUUGAAUGAUUUUUUGAUGGCCAAGGUUGACAUUUUAUAUAGGUAGUACAGCUUUUACUACUACUACUACUACUACUACCAUCAUCACCAUGUUAACUAGUCACUGCUUCUCCUUCUCUGUGGGGUUAAAUCUAUUCCUCACUGGAGCAUAGCAUGGCUUUGUGCAAUAUACUAAUACUACUACUAAUAAUCUAGGGAGUUCAAUUUAAUCCUCAAUCAAACUUUUAUAUGAUUUCUCAGGGGUUUAAUUUUAUCCUCAGACUUUCUAUGAGAGUUUUAAGCGACUGACCUUUCCACAAGUAUGUACAGUAACCACAGGAUUAAAUCUAAGGACAAUGUAUGCAUGGAUGUAGUGCUCAGGGCGGCCUCCUUAGUUAACUUUUGGAGGCAAGGAAUAAAACGUGCAAUACUUUUGAAGGUAGCAUAUGUUUUCCUGUCAUUUGAUAAGGAAAGAUUAUAGUGGAAGUGUUUCUUUGGUGAAUAUUUUGCCAACAUUCCUGAAACAUUGAUAAGGGCAUUGAUGUAUUGCUCAGGGCAGGCUCCUAAUUUAUUUUUGGAGGCAAGGAAGGUGCAAUAUACAGACAUCCCUCAAAUAGUGCGGUUUCCAAUAGUUUGGUUUCGGUUUUAUACGGAUUGUCAUGGAAGAUCUUUUAGGGAUUUUGACAUUUCCUGCUCAUUGGGAAAUUCAAAAAUCCUAAAAAAUAUGAAAAUCCACAUAAAACCAAAACUGAACUGUUGGAAACCGUACUAUUUGAGGGACGUCUGUAGUAAGGAAAGAUUAUAAUGCAAGUGUUUCUUUGAUUGAUAUUUGCUAACAUUCCAGAAAUAUGGAGAUAAGGGCAUAGAUGUGUUGCUCACUAGUCUAUUUGAUUUUAGUGGCAAGGAACAUAAGGUGCAAUAUUUCUGAGGGUGGAAUACACACUCCGCUCAUUUAGUAAGGAAAGAUUCUAGUGAUCGUUAUUCCUAACAUUCUUGAAACGUGGAGAUAAGGUCAUAGAUGUGUUGUUCAGGCCAGUCAAUUAAAGUUUUGGGCAAGGGGUAAAACAUGUGGUCUAUUUCUAAAGCCUAAAUACUUGCCCGAGGAGAUGGAGACGGGCCAUGGCGGGGUGCAGCUUAAGUCUAUGCUUAAUAUGUUCAGCUGGGGAUCUUCUCGAGGUUAUUAAUAGUCAUCAAUAGGUAACGAAUUUACUUUGCUAGGAAAUAAUGGUUAUGGAAACACAAACAUUGAAGCCAUAAUCUUUGAUAGGGAACUAAAGCCUCACAUUGCUUGGUGAAACUACACACCUCUGUUUGAUUAUAAUACACUUUGUUGCAUGUUACUCAAGCAGCCGGAAACAAUUUACGUCGUGCAACAACUCACUCCUGUUUCGUCGGAUGUAUUUGUUACGCGUUACAUUUUUGGGAGACGAUAUAUAUAUAUAUAUAUAUAUAUAUAUAUAUAUAUAUAUAUAUAUAUAUAUAUAUAUAUAUAUAUAUAUAUAUAUAUAUAUAUAUAUAUAUAUAUAUUAAUGCACACACACACCAAUUUUCUAGACAGAGGAUGCUGAUUGGCUGGUGUCACAAGCACCGCUCCACCACAAAGGUGCAAAUUAAGUGUAACAAGUUAGUCACAUACCACUUUUUUAAGCCCUUCCUCAGCCCGAUGAGUUCACUUGAAAAAAUUUAUCAAAACAUUUCUUUAUAAACACCUAUGCCAUUUUUAUUUUAUGUACACAAAAUUCGCUAACUAGGAUUAAAUUUUAAGAGGUGGAGCUGGAAAAAUCAGUCGAACCUUAUGUAAAACUUGACAGUCGUCUCAAAGCAAACAAACGAGGUGUUUUAAUAAGUGGACUUGCUGCUGUCUACGGUUUGCCCGGGGAGAGGUGAGAAAACUGUCGUCACUACAGUAAAUGCUGUCUAACGCUGAGGGAGGGAAGCUAUCAUGAACAUAGAGACGAGGGAAUGGAGGCACAUCACAUGAAUAAGUUACUGGUGAGCGAGGGACGAGGCAGGACCCGGGGAGUAAGUGUUGGGCCACCAGUGUAGGCUUGCAUGGUGGGAGGAGGGAAGGGAAAGGACAAGAGAACUAUCUUACAAAAGUUGCAUUCCUAAUGACUGCAGAACAGGAUUUCAAUAUUCUUCAACAAUGGAGAUGCGCUGCACUGGGAACAAUGCCAGGCUGGGGGUUGGAAUGUUUGCCAGUCCCUACCAACGCUUCCAGUCAGCAUUCAUAUCAGGAGAAAAAUGCCCUGAAAAGUUGAGUGAUGCUAAGAAAUUGAACCAUUGUCAAAGUAAAGGGUGCCUAGCAAUCUCUAUCUCGACAACCGUUCAUUUUCUUGCUCCAGCUCAAUUUUCCGGAGUAUUUCUUUCCUGGCAAGACUACAACCGUAUAUACGCGAAGAAACACUGAAAUUUUUAUAAUGAUUAUUUUCAAGGCCAAGUUUAGGAGGUCAACUAUUAUAUAGAUACUUUUCUGCUGGGUUACUACUACUACCACCACUACUGUUACUAAUAAUACUGUUGUUACUUCUACUAAUACUGACUUCUCUGACAUAUUAAGGGAGUCAAAGUUACUCCUCAACUGAGCAUAUCCGAGCCUUGGGGCACCAACUUUACCGUCAAUAUAUACAGUGACUGGAAGGGUGAGUACAAGCUGGCAAACACACCCAAGCCACCCUCUUUGUCCCUCUUCACCCAAUGUCUGGGGCUCAAAAGUGGCCCAUGUUAGUGCUGAGUCGCAAAUCUCUACUAUCCCACCCAGCCAGACACAGCCUCCAGCGCCAGUCUCCAAGAGUGUGUUAGUUUUCAUUCACUACAUCUAGCAGUAUUAUUAUAUCCUUCUGAGAUUUACAAAUAUUACAAAAUAAGUUCAUAUUAUCUGUACAUUAGGAGAAUUAUGCUACCCCUUCUACUACAAAAAUUAUAAUCUGUUAUAUAUGAAUACUUUCUCCAUUGUUGCUGGUGACUAUAUGCCUUCUCCAUUUUCUCUUUCUCUCUCUCUCUCAUGACCCUGUAAAAAUAAUUUAGGCUUGAAAAAUACUUUAUUUGAAAUGUAAUUGCCUAUAAUAGCUCGUGGUGCCAAUGGUAUCUGAUAAAAAAGCAGUAUUAGAUAUGUAAUUGAACAAACUAGUAUACGUUGAUACUACUUGUUAAGCUUCUAAUGCCCUGUGAUAACUUGUGCCAAUGGAAUAUUAUGGAAACAACUGCAUUAUUUAGUGACUGGACAAAAUGUGUUGUGGAAGUGGUGACUUGAUCAUCCUGUGCUUGACUGAGUGUUAGGGCAGCUGGGGGGGGGGGGGGAGGAGGUUCAUGCUGGGGGCACAGUGGAGGGUGAGGGGGGAGGGGGGUGUUGACUGGAAUUUGGCACUUAACAGUGUGUGUGUGUGUGUGUGUAUGUGUGUGUGUUCACCAGGCACUACACUGGUACUGGCAGUCUAGUUAGCUACCUUACAGCAUGAACCUUUCUCAUGAUUAGAAUUUUGUCCUUUGAAUUUCUUAAUCACUGAACACUGUACAGUCUACAGAGGAGCUACGGGCAGGCAACACUGGCUGCAUCACAGUGCUGCCUGAUAACAAAGGAAAGGUAGUGGGUAGUUAGCCUCUAGUCUUAGGUCAUGGCUGAAAACAUAUUGGUAUAUUACUGGUACUAAUGGUCUCUGGAACUCUGUAUUUUGCAGGGGUUCACCAAUAUGUAAAUACAGAAAAAUGUUUUAUAUUGAGCAACUUUAUACUUAAACUUUCAUAAUUAAAAAGUAUACCACAUAA